CACGACCUCCACCAUCCCCUGGCUGCCCGGACGACGCAGGAGUGAGGAAGCUGAGACGGCGGCGGGAGGAGAGGCAAGGAUGAGACACCGGUGGAGCAACCGCAGCAGACGGUGAGUAAUCUAUAUCUCUGUAGCCGUAGGUGGCUCGCAACGUCGGGCUCGGCUGCCUCUCCCGCUUUGCUGUCUACGCCUGCUGUGGUCUCUUCAAGGGCCAGAAAACAUCUGCUUCUCGAGGCCCACGCGACAAAGGAGCGGGAAGAACAGCUUGGACGUGUAUCGUCCUGACCAAGAAGGCACCCGGCGCAAGACGUCUUCCAACCCACGGAGGGUUGGAAACUCCCCAAGCCCGCCAAGUUCUAUACCUCCAUCACUACUGGUAUGUCCUCAUCCUCCUUGUGUGUCGCUCUGUGGUAAAAUGCUUACAGGCGCAUUGAGGACACCGCCGAAUCUGGUCACGUCCUCCAGUCCGGCCAUGCGCCCCAGGCGCGAUCCGCUCUGCCCGCUCCCUCUCGUCCUCCAGCUCAGACGUCACUGAGCCCAUCUCCCCUCAGCCUCAGCAGCGUUUCUCCGGUGUGACCCUCCCCGUUGCAGAGUUUUUGGCCAACAAUGACUUCUGUCUCCUCGACAGACACAAGGACGAUUCUAAGUGUACCUCCGGUGCGUUUGGUGGGCCGGCCUUCGAUCCGUGGACAUACUUGCAACAUCUCUAUCGCCUCUGUGCAGGGCCAUCGCCUUUCUUCCAUUCCUCACUCCUGCCGUCUAUCUGUUCGGAACUCGGUCGUCAUUGGGGAGGGUACAUCCCGUCGUACCUCUCGCAACCUCUCACAGUCUCGAUCCUCGGGUCCUGCGUUCGAGCACAAGCAUGAGAGUCUGAUCACACUCCCGCCUGUUGCCGACGGCGAGACUGAGUAAGGGAGCGCUAUGGACUUCCUUGAUGACCAUCACGACCAGCACGAUGACGAUGCCAAAGCGGAGGUGGAGG